AUGUCACAGGACGCUAAAGAUGUUGUACCAGGUGGACUGAGUCCGCUGAAACCGGCCGAUGCAGAAGUGCAAAAGAUUUGCGAUCAGGUAUCAGUUUAUUAAAGCUAGCAUAUGAGGCAGCUCCCUCAUGAAAUCUUAUUUCUUUCUCCGCUUAACUUUGAAAUGCCGUGUUUGGCGAUAGCGGACAACCCGAGUAACCCAAGCUGAAAAGCAUGCGUAACUAUUAUCGUGACCUUCGAAAGUAUAAGGACUGAUUUUGCAUGCGAUAAGAAGAUACAGUAAAUUAUUGAAUCUAGAAAUAUCUGUUAUAUAUGUUUCCGUGUUUCUUCAUGUCGUCAGUUGGUUUGAGCGAAAUGCGAGAUCGCGGCCGAGAAAGGUGACACUCGGGGGUUAAGACAGAAACAUUAUAUUUCCAGCUUGGGCUGACUGUACUGAGAACCUUUCCGAAGCUUUGGAAACAAACGAUGAACAGUUAAAUUAUUGCCGGUAUAUUUGAUGCGAUGGAAGUAAUUCAGUACAUUUGCUUGUAACCAUGAUAACAACUAUUGUUCCAAACCCUACUCGCAUGACGUUUGUGAUUUAAAAUAGAGAAAACAAGGGGGAUAUUAGUGGAAGGCUUCUAGCCGGAAUAUUAUUGUUCACUGUAUUCUUGCAUAGUAGAACUUCGAUAUAACGAAGAGCCAAAGGAUAGGCAAAAUAUGUUCGCUUAGACGAGGUUUCGUUAUAUCGAAGUUCUCUUAAUUCAUAUAUUUUACUAUUACUGGGGUAAGAACAACCGUCCGUUAUACUGAGGACUUCGUUGCAUCGAGGUUCGUUAUAUCGAGCCCGGGGGGUGGGGGACUCCGCAUAUGAAAGAGGUGGGGAUGCUCGUCGGAAAUUUUGAACUAAACCCCUGAAGGAGACCGAUCUGGGCGUGGCCCAAGCUUUUUUUGACCCCUAAAAGAGACCAUGUUAAAACGCAGACAAUAUAUAUUUUUUUAUAUUUUUUCACGUGCAACCCUAAACGAGACCUACACGGCUAAAUAUGAUGGCUUUUUGCCCAGAACACCCUACGUGAGACCAAAAUCCGAAAUUUACACCCCUAAGCGAGACGACGAGCAUCCCCACCCCUUUCAAAUGCGAAGUCCCUUCCCCGGGAUAUCGAGGUACCACUUUAAAUAGGUAGAUGGCACCAUCACAGCAGAGGUGGGAGAGGUAUAGUCAGGGCGUCGUAUAACUGGGGUUAUACGGUAUAUAUUUCACACCUCUUUGCUAACAAGGUGAAAAAUAACCUCAACUUGUCACCCCAACAGGUGAAACCCCAAGCAGAGAAAAUGGCAGGGCAAGAAUUUCCUGAAUUUAAAGCCAUAUCAUAUAAAACUCAAGUUGUAGCUGGAAUAAAUUACUUCAUUAAGGUUAAUCAAAAACGUUCCACACCUACCCCUCCCCUAAGCCAACAUUAACACUUACUUCUCACUUAGAACAAAAUGUUGGCUUAGGGAAGGGGUAGGUGGGCAGUUUCCCAGAAACGAAUAAUGAUCCCAAUGUACUCCGGAUCUGCAGUCAGUCCCACAUUGUAUUUAUAAUGACAUCCACGAAGGAGUGGGGUUUUGGGGUAGGGUAGGGGAAAUGGAAAGCAUUGUGUUUGCCAGUUAUUAUUCAAUUACAUAAUGAUUCCUGUUAGUAUAGGUAAUAACAUGAUUUGAAGUGUUUUUGGCAUAAAUACUACGGGUAAUAUUUCGAAAUUGUUGUAGGUAAUUUCACGAGCCGUUAGGCGAGUGAAAAUUGAGACAAUUUUGAAAUAUGAGCGGUAUUUAUACCAAAUACACGUACAAAUCAAGCUAUUAUUUGUUUACACUACUCAGACUCGCAAAAGGUUUGUAAUUUGUGCAUGUAGGUUUUUCAAAUUAUGCCGAAAUACCACUGCUCUAAGCAAUCAAAACCAGAAAUUUCUCUUGUAUUGGUAUAAUAAAGUUAAGUUAAAGUUAAAGUUUUAUAACACAGCAUUCCAGUCAAACAGUCUUCCCGGCCGAUGCGGUAUUACUUCCAUAAUUUUUGAAUAAAGAAUUAAGGAUCAAUAUUUUAAAAAUGAAUUUUUGUUAAGACAUUGUCACCCUAACUCAACAACAGCCCGACACUUUGCCUUCAACUCAACGCUUUCGGACGCGAAUAAUGGAUGCGGGGUCACUGUGAAAGAUUUCACCCGAUGUAAGAGAAUCCGGAUUGCGGAAUCCGAGAGAUUUUUGCUCGUGGAAUCCGGAAUACAGCUCAAGCAAUCCGGAAUCCGACUAACCAUUGGAAUCCGGAAUCCAAUUUCCACUGGAAAAGUAUGGAAUUUAGUACCUGGAAUCCGGAAUCCACGGCGCGGAAUCCAGAAUCCAAGACUGUCUUGGAUUCCCUUACAUGGGGUGGAAGAUUCUUCAGAGAAGGGUACAGCUUAGUUAAAGGGGCUCUGUCACUAAAUUCAGCUAAAGAUAAGGACCUCUCGCUAGUCUCGCACAGAAGGCCGCGCACAAGUGCUAUUAAGCCACACUUACAUUCAAUUUCCGUUUUUUUUCUGGAAUCGGUGUAUUACCCAUCAUCCUCGUUUUCAUGCUCUUUUAUAUAAUUAUCGAUUACGAUUGCGUGUGAUCACAAGCUCCACUAAAGGUUUUGAUAUCUUAAACAGAAACUCAAGAGUGAUAUUGAAUCAAAAUUCCAAAUUCAAUGAAAAGAAAUAACAUUAAUUUUACUAGAUCUUUUAUUAGUGUCCCUAGGUUUCGCUAUCAAAUUGAUUUUUGAGUUAUAUCGACAUUUCAACAUUCUGAAUGCUGAAAGUUCGUAAUUGACUCACACAUUACAUAUUGGAUCUACAGUGCAACCUCGAUUUCUCGAACUCUAGGUGUUUCGAAACCCCAGAUAAUUCGAAAUAAACCUAAACUUUCUUUACGAGCUACACAGUGUAAUUUUACCUCCGAUUUUUCAAACCUCCCCAUCAUUCGAGCCAAUUUGAUUUCCAAUUGUGGUCCGAUAAAUCGGGCUUCCACUGUAUACCUUACUCGAGGAUGGGUCCUUUAAACUGUUAAAAUAUUUUACCUACAGGUUCAUGUUGGCGGUCCUUCCUACGUUCAUUUGCGUGUUUUCCAGUCUCUGCCAGUUGCUGGAUCAACUCUUACAUUAUCUGCUAUCAAGACAGGAAUGACCAAGGACGAUCCCAUUAACUAUUUUGACUAG